GCCACAGCCCCUUUCUUGCACAUAGGAGCACUUGUGGCGGUCACGGCCCUGUCGUGGUUAAUAGCGGGGCAGUUUGCACGAACGGAGAAAGCCACUUCUCAGAUGCUGAUGUUCACUGCAUACCUCGCAGUUGUAGUUGCACUUUACCUCGUCCCCCUCACCAUCUCGUCCCCUUGCAUAAUGGAGAAGAAGGCUCUGGGACCAAAGCCGGCCAUUAUAGGUCACCGCGGAGCACCGAUGUUGGCACCAGAAAACACUCUGAUGUCCUUCCAGAAGGCAGUGGAGCAGAAGAUGUAUGGAGUCCAAGCUGAUGUCGUACUGAGCUAUGAUGGAGUGCCGUUUCUGAUGCAUGACAAGACACUCAGGAGAACAACAAACGUGGAGAAAGUGUUUCCAGAGCGGGCCUACGAGCACUCCUCCAUGUUCAACUGGACCGACCUGGAAAAGCUCAAUGCUGGGGAGUGGUUCCUACAGAAUGACCCUUUCUGGACGGCUGGGUCUCUCUCGAGGUCUGACUACUUGGAAGCUGCCAACCAGUCAGUCUGCAAGCUGGCAGAUAUGCUAGAGGUGAUCAAGGACAACACAUCGCUCAUCCUGAACUUCCAGGACCUGCCACCAGCUCAUCCUCACUACAGCACUUACAUCAACAUCACCCUGGAAACCAUCCUGGCAUCAGGAAUUCGGCAACAGGCU